CAAGUGCAACCAUCUGAGCAAACCGAGCCGUUCCACUCUGCUCUGCUCUGGCGCGCGGCUCUCACGGCCGGACUCCUGCGAUGGACUCCGGCGCGGGGGGGUGUCAUCAUGGCAUGGCUCGGCUCGGACUGUUUGCGCUUCUCGUGGGGCUGUGGUGGAGACUCAGCGACGCUUGUCCGGAAUCGUGCACCUGCAGCAUCUCGCGGAUCGUCUGUAUCGAUUCCGAACCGGGGAUCGAGGAUUUCCCCAUGCUCACGCUGGACGACAUGGAAAACAUCACCGAGAUAACAGUGACUGAAAUGGAGGGGGGUAAUAUCAAAGCUGUGUGCAGCGCCUCGGGCUCCCCCUUUCCUGUGAUCCAGUGGAAUCCUGAAAUGCUCUCAACCAACUUUGAGAUGGACCACUCAGGUACAGAGAGCAGCCUCGUAUUGUCAGGCCUGUCUCCAGAUGAUAAUGGCAAGGUGGUCGUAUGCAGCGCCGAGAACAUGGUCGGCCAGAACGAGGCCACGCUUCUGCUCAAUAUUCUCUUUCCCCCCACCAUCCAGAACCUACUGCCUCCAGAAAGGGACCAUCACUGGUGCAUCCCCUUCACCGUGAUGGGAAACCCCAAGCCCGAGCUGCACUGGUACCAAGAUAACAGGCUGUUGCAGGAACAGGGCUUCAUUCAAACCAUGAUUCACGAGUCCACUGAGAACGAGGACCACGGCUGCCUGCAGCUCGUCAACCCUACUCAUAUUCAUAACGGCGAGUACAAACUGGUGGCAAAGAACGAAUUUGGCCAGGAUGAGAAGACCGUCACCGCCCAGUUCAUCGAUCCACCGAACUUCAACCAUACAGAUGACAUGGAGUACUACGAUACACCACUGCCUCCACUGGACGACGGUGUUGCAGUGUAUGUAGUUGUGGGAAUUGCUGGAGUUGCCUUGACUGGUUGUGUUCUGAUGGUCAUCAUUCUGAAAUAUGGAAGGAACUCAAAGUUUGGUAUCAAAGGCUCCUCCUCAGUAAUCAGCAAUGAUGAUGACUCCGCCAGCCCUCUUCAUCACGUCUCCAAUGGCAACAACACCCCGUCGUCCUCGGAGAUGGGUCCAGACGCAGUGAUCAUUGGGAUGACAAAGAUCCCUGUCAUCGAGAACCCUCAGUAUUUCCGUAACCCCGGCAGCAUUCUGAAAUCCGACACGUUUGUCCAUCACAUCAAAAGACACAACAUUGUGCUGAAGCGGGAGCUGGGAGAGGGAGCCUUCGGGAAGGUGUUUCUCGCCGAGUGCUACAACCUGGUGCCAGACCAGGAGAAGAUCCACGUGGCGGUCAAGACCCUCAAGGAGGCCACCGAGAGCGGCCGAGCAGACUUCUACAGAGAGGCAGAGCUCCUCACAAACUUGCAGCACGAACACAUCGUCACCUUCUACGGCGUGUGCGUGGAGAGCGACCCGCUCAUCAUGGUGUUUGAGUACAUGAAGCACGGCGACCUGAACAAGUUUCUCAGGUCUCACGGUCCUGAUGCGGUUCUCAUGGCAGACGGUCAGCACAGUAUCCUGGUGGAGCUCACUCAGUCCCAGAUGCUGCACAUUGCCCAACAGAUUGCUGCUGGUAUGGUGUACCUGGCCUCGCAGCAUUUUGUCCACAGAGACUUGGCAACAAGGAACUGCCUGGUAGGAGAAAACCUGCUGGUUAAGAUAGGAGACUUUGGCAUGUCCAGAGACAUUUACAGCACGGACUACUACAGAGUGGGUGGUCACACGAUGCUGCCCAUUCGCUGGAUGCCUCCAGAGAGCAUCAUGUAUCGGAGGUUCACCACAGAGAGUGACGUGUGGAGCCUCGGGGUGGUGCUGUGGGAGAUCUUCACCUACGGCAAGCAGCCCUGGUACCAGCUCUCCAACAAUGAGGUGAUUGAAUGCAUCACGCAGGGCCGAGUACUGCAGCGGCCCCGCACCUGUCCCAAGGAGGUGUAUGACCUGAUGCUGGGCUGCUGGCAGAGGGAGCCCUACAUGAGGCUGAACAUCAAGGAGAUCCAUGGCAUGCUCCAGAGUUUGGCCAAGGCCUCUCCCGUCUACCUGGACAUACUGGGCUGAUGCACCGGCGUCCAUGUAUGUAGUUUACGUGUGCUUCGUACGUGGACAAGUAAAGAAGCAUUGAACAGCACAUUAAGGCAGAGGGAGGAAGCGGCGGUUUAGUGACUGCUCUGUGUACAGUAUCUGGCUGUAAAUGUGACUGUAAAUGCUGAUUGUCCAUGGCCUAUACAUCACAUGGAGGGAAGCCUUAAAUUUUAGGUUUUGCUUCUUUUUUUUUUGGUCAAUUUACAAACUUUAUAAGGCAUGUUUCGUUAAAAAGGAAAAUAAAUGCAAAGUUGUAUCGUUUUCCCCAAACCUUAAGCGCUGCAGUUGUAAAAAUAAACCAACAGACACCUUAUUCUGCCCAAAUUCACUCAUCUCUGCUCAGUUUCUAAUGUUUGCUGGAAAUAAACACACACAAAAAGAAGAAAUACCCUUUAAAAGACGAUGUGUGCAUUUUAUUUUAUUUAAAUUAAAACAAUCUAAACCCAUGUAUAACAGUACACAAGUAAAAAGAUCACGGUAAACCACAAUAUAUUUUUAAUACUAUGAUCAUUUAUGCUCUGAGUCAUACCCUAAUUUGACAAAAAGUUUGCGCAAAAUGUUUUAAAAGCAGCUGUGAAACGUGCUCAGACAUGUUGAAAGCGCAGAGACGUGGGACUCGGCUGCACAGGUUGUUUCACUUGAUUGUUCUGCUGCUGUGCCGUGCGUUGUUCAAUGGCCCAGAUGUCGAAGUGUUGAGGUGUUGCAGUUUGGGAUUUCACUUUACAGACCAGAGGGAGUUCAUCGUAAGGGCCAUCAGGGUAGUUCAAUGCUGUUUUGCACUGAUGUGGAUCAGUUGAUUGAUUUCUGUGUUUUCAACAUUUUUAGUUUUAAAUAUAUAGAAUAAAAGACAAUGAGACUGCGGUGAGUGUAUUAACAAUCAUCUAAAUGUCUUUGAGUUGACGCU